CGUCCACGCCGAGAGAUGGUCAAGCAGUCAACAGUCACGACAAAUGAUGCCAACGGACGGCUCGGAUUCGUUUGGGAGAUGAGACCGUCCGAAUGCACUCACCCAACAGUGUUCUUCCUCCCCGACUCAUCCUCUCUCGCUCGCUCAAGCUCGGGCUUCCGCGUCUCCCCCCGAUUCUUUGAGCCAAUCCGGAGCCGCAGGAACCCUAGCAAGAUGGCGCUUCGAUUCGACAUCCCGCUCUGCCGCCGCCUCGCCAGCCUCCCUUCAUCCCCGAAACCCAAUCCACCGCCUCCGUUUCCGUCGAUUUCGAUGCCCCCUCGGUCUGCCCGCCGUCGUGUUGCAGGCGUAGAGGCCGGGUUCAACAAGGACCGGACUCGAAGCCGGAUUAAUUGCAUUGCAGAGGGCGAUGGAAGAAGCCAAAAUGAAGCUGUGAAAGAGAGGAGCGUCUCAGUGGUUCUUUUGGCAGGAGGACAGGGGAAGAGGAUGGGAGCAAGCAUGCCAAAGCAAUACCUUCCCCUCUUAGGACAACCAAUUGCACUGUACAGUUUCUAUACUUUCUCCCAGAUGACCGAAGUUAAGGAAAUAGUUGUAGUGUGUGAUCCAUCAUACAAAGAUGUAUUUGAAGAUGCUAGCGAAAAAUUAAACGUAGACCUUAAGUUUGCACUUCCAGGGAAGGAGAGACAAGAUUCUGUUUUCAGUGGUUUUCAGGAAAUUGACGGAAGUUCAGAACUUGUCUGCAUACAUGAUUCAGCUAGGCCACUUGUUUCAUCUGGAGAUAUCAAGAAGGUUGUACAAGAUGCUUGGGUGGUAGGUGCAGCUGUUCUUGGAGUUCCUGUAAAAGCUACCAUAAAAGAGGCAAACAAGGAUUCCUUUGUGGUGAAAACACUUGAUAGAAAAACCCUCUGGGAAAUGCAAACUCCGCAGGUUAUCAAGCCUGAAUUGCUCAGAAGCGGCUUUGAGGUUGUGAACAGGGAUGGUCUUGAAGUCACUGAUGAUGUCUCCAUCGUGGAACACCUUAAGCAUCCGGUCUUUAUAACAGAAGGUUCAUAUACAAACAUCAAGGUUACAACCCCAGAUGAUCUUUUGUUGGCAGAGAGGAUACUGAAUAUGGAAAUAGCAGUAGCUUCUUAAGUCCCUGUUGUUCUCUCUCUCUCUCUUUCUCUCUCUCUCUCUCUCAACAACAUCACAAAGUUGAUUUUUUUGGAAUUUUGUUGUAGAUCAAUUGUGUCUGUUGUUCAGUAUAGAUCGAUUCAGUUGGUCACAUAUUUUAAUUGAACCUUCAAAGAAAUCAAUUGUCAAGCCAUUGUAUGUU